UUUUAGCCUGUAAGUUCGCUUAAUACAUAUGCCAAUACGUACAUGGAAAAAGAAGAAAAAGCAGCCCUGAAUAGGAGGAAGUGGCCUGCAGGAAAGCUGAACUUAAAUGCCCCACUUCUAUCGACGAGGCGAACUAUUGGUGUCAACAGACUGGAGGAUGUGCAAAAUGCAAAUUCGGUUCGCGUUUCUUGGGAUAAAUUCGAGAGGAUACCUUUCUCUUGGGAGCAAACCCCUGGCAAGCCCAAGGAGAGGGGUGAAGAAAGCGACGGCGAGAACGCUGAAGAAAUAAUACCCCCUCCAAAACCACCGCCGGGCUGCCGAUGGCUUCCAACAGAGGAAGAAGCCGAUCCCAAGCGCGAUUCGUGUGAAGGUGAAGCGGAGCGGGGGCAUGACCAUGAUGAUGGUUGCGAGGGGGACGUGGAGGAUGACGGUGGAGUAGGGGCCCACGAAGAUUGGAAGGGCGGUGAUGGCGUUUCGUCGAACGAGCUGGACAUAUUCUCGUUAGCCCAGUCGGUCGAGACGGUUGACAGCUGGAAAGAGCUGAGGAGGAAAUUGGGGAUUGAAAAUGGGGAUAUGGAGGAAGGCAUAGGCUGUCAUUCGCCCAGUUUUAUGAUCCAGCGAUUUUUGCCGGACGCCAAAGCAUUGGCUGCUGCGGCAUCAUCAUCAUCAACCAGCCUGAAGAAGGACCUAAUUAAUUCAGAUGAUGAGAAGAGCAAGAAGCAUCCUAAAUCAAGCAGCGGUGCCGGCAGAAGGAGAGCUUCCGGAGCUAUUAGGACUGCGACGCAAUCGUGGUCAUAUUCGUCGUGGAAGGGCUGCGGCCUCGAUAUUUUGUUGCCUUGGCGAAUGAAACCCAGGCCAUGCGGGUGUGGGGUGGUGAAGGGUAGACCGGCCAUGGCACUGGCAACAUCUAGACCUCAGUGGAGCGGCAGCAGCAGAAAAUAGUAGUGUAGUGUAGUGUAGUAGUAACCGGUUGAGCAGUGCAGUAAUCUCUUCAUUUGCGUUUGCGAAUUGCGAUGAUGAAAGUAAGCGCAGCCACAGCCAAUUAGGCCGAAGAAAAUUCGUUUUAAGGCAGCUCAAAAUCUUCAUUAAUUCAAACACCUGGCACGUGGUGCAAGACUUCAAAACCCAGUGGAGGAGUGGUAUAGGAGUAUUUUAAUUUUAUUAUCAAAACCUUAAUUUCAGCUUUCAGGGGAGGUUUAUGUAAUUUUAUAAAUUUUAAGGAAGAUUAAUGAAAUUGUUAGAAAUGUCA